AUGGCAGGCUCGCAGCUCAAGCGGCUCAAGGCCUCGCUGCUUGACCAGGGCAUCAUCGGCCCGCAAAAGUCCAAAAAGCAGAAGAGGCAGGCCGCCGAGGAGGCCCGGGCCAAUCGAGCAGCCGGCCGCGGUGACAAGCGCCUCAAAAAGUCGGCCGCCCUCGAGACGAUUCGCGAGCAGUUCAACCCCUUCCAGUUCAAGAUGAACGCACGGGGGCCCAAGUUCCCCGUCACGAGUCUCAAGUCGGCACAGGUGCCUGAGAGCCUGCGCGGCAUCAAGGGCCGGCCGACAGUGUCCCUGUCGCGGGGCGAGGAGAAGCGGCGUGCGACGCUGUUAAUGGACAUGCAGCGGAGGAACAAGGUCGGCGGCAUUCUGGAUCGGCGGCUGGGCGAAGGCGACCCCAACAUGACGCCCGAGGAGCGGGCCCUGGAGCGGUUUGCCUUUGAGAAGCAGCGCAUCCACAACAAGAAGGGGGCCGUCUUUGACCUCGAGGACGGCGACGACGGGUUUUUGGGGGGCGCCGACGACGGCGGCCUGACACACAUGGGCAAGAGCCUGUCGCUGGGCGACUGGAAAGGACGCCGCCAUCUCGGCAGCGACGACGACGAAGGCGGCGACGACGACCUCGGCGCACACGACGACUUUGACGAAGACGAUUUGGCGGGCAGUGACGCGGACGAGGACCCGGAGCGGGCGUACAAGAAGAAGCAGCUCAAGCGCAUGCGGGAGGAGCUGUUUGGCGACAAGGAGGGUGGCGCGGCCGGCGGCGGCGGCGAGGACGGCGCGCCGGAACGGAAAAAGUCAAAGAAGGAGGUCAUGGAGGAGGUGAUUACCAAGUCCAAGUACUACAAGUACGAGCGGCAGCUGGCCAAGGAGAAUGACGACGACAUGCGUGCCGAGCUCGACAACAUGCUGCCCGAGCUGCAGCAGCUGCUCUCGACGAAACCCGUCAAGCCCACGCCGCCGCAGUCCAAGAACGUGGCGCCCAUCACCGGCGCGCCGUUCGACAAGGACGCCUUUGACAAGGCGUACGACGUGCGGCUGCGGCAGCUGAUCCAGGACAAGAAGGCCGAGCCGUCGGCUCGCACCAAGACGGAGGAGGAGAUUGCCGAGGAGCAGUCGGCGCAUCUGAAGAAGCUCGAAGAGAGCCGCAUGCGGCGCAUGUUGGGCCAGAUUGGCUACGACGAGGGCGGCAACGCCAGCGACGAGGAGAGUGACGAAGGCGACAAGAGCAGCAGCAAGAACAAGGCCGACAAAGAGGUCCCGGCUGUGCAGAUCAUCCGCGACGACGACUACGAGGAGGACGAGUUCAACUUGGGCAAGGGCAUCAAGGUGAAGCACACGGCGGCCGAGCUGGGCUUUGACGACGAGGACGACUUUUUGAUCGACGACGACCUGGUCUUUAGCGGGUCCGAGGUGGACGUCGACGAGGAUGACAACGACGAGAGUGGCGACGAGGCAGGCAGCAGGGCCGACGAGGAGGAGGAGGAGGAAGAGGACGAGUUUAUCCGCGGCCUGCUGACCGAAGACGAGAAGAAGAAUGCCGUUUUCGCCAACGCGGGCAAGCUGCCCUCGACAGCCCCCAAGGGCCGCGACGACGACGGCGUGCCGUACACGUUCCCUUGUCCACAGACGCACGCGGAGCUGCUGGACGUUCUCGAGGACGUCCCCGUUGCCAAGCUGCCCGUCGUGGUGCAGCGCAUCCGCGCGCUCUACCACCCGAAGCUGGACCACGGCAACAAGGACCGGCUCGGCCGCUUUGCGGCUGCCCUUGUCGAGCACAUUGCCCAUCUGGCGAACGGCGAAGCACCGCCUUACGCAACCAUUGAGAGCCUGGUCCGCCACAUCCACUCGCUUGCCAAGGCCGUGCCGAGCGAGGUGGCGGUCGCCUUCCGCUCCCAUCUUGCAGCCAUGGAGGGCAUUGCCACUGGCGAUGCGGCCCCGGUUACGAAUGGCAGCCGGGCCCUCGCGCUCAACAGCGGCGACCUCGCCAUCCUGACAGCCGCCGGCUCCGUGUUCCCCACGUCCGACCACUUCCACCAGGUCAUCACGCCGGCGAUGCUGGCCAUGGCGCGCUACCUUGAGCAGGCACCGCCGCGGUCACUGGCCGACUACGCCACAGGUCUGUACGUGUGCACGCUGACGUGCCAGUACCAGCGCCUGUCGAAGCGGUACAUGCCCGAGCUCAUCAAUUACGUGCUCAACACGCUGCUGGCACUUGCGCCGGAAGGUUCGGAUGCACUCGCCAACCCGGCCACCGGCCACUUCCCCGUGCACGCGCCAGCCCGUGAUGUGCGCAUCCAGAAGGCACAGUCCCUCACGACGGUGCGCAAGCUGCGGAUAUCAGACUGCCGGCCGUCGGACGACGACACGGAAGCACGCAAGGCCGCCCUCUUUAGCACGGCCCUCGCGCUGCUCAGCGACGCCGCCACCAACUUGUGGGCCGGCAAAGCGUCGCUAGUCGAGACCCUCGAGCCCUGCCGCGCCGUCCUGCAGCACCUGCGCAACACAGCAGCCUGCCGCAGCCAGCUCCCGGCGCCGCUCAACAAGGAGGUCGACCGCCUGGCCGCGCAGAUCGACGCCGCGCAGCGCCUCGCGCACCUCGCGCGCCGCCCGCUCGAGCUGCACCACCACCGCCCGCUGGCCAUCCGCACGUUUGUGCCGCGCUUCGAGGACGCGUUCGACCCGGACAAGCACUACGACCCCAACCGCGAGCGCGCCGAGGCUGCCAAGCUGCAGGCCGAGUUCAAGCGCGAGCGCAAGGGCGCCCUGCGCGAGCUGCGCAAGGACGCGCACUUUAUGCAGCGCGAGAAGCUCAAGAUGAAAAAGGCCAAGGACGCCGCGUACGAGAAGAAGUACAAGCGGCUGGUGGCCGAGAUCCAGGGCUCCGAGGGCCGCGAGGCGAACGCGUACGAGCGGGAGCGACAGGCACGGAAGCGGAAGUAG